AUCUCCUACCAAUCACAUUGGAGAUAUAACUGUAGUUUUUUAUUUUGCAAUGUUUAAGUUGUUUGAUUUAAACAAUUUUUAACCAAAAUGCAUAAAUGAAUGAAUUCUACAGUUUCUCAUUGGAUUAAAUUUUUGGAGCGAUAUACUUGCCUUCACAUGGAAUGAGGCUUGGGCUGGAGUGUUUGGCAUUCUGUAGAUGGCGGAGACAGAGACAAUGCAGAGCCCAAUGCAAGAGAACUGUAAAGCAGGGCCAUCAAAAAAGUCUAAAAUUUAGAAAACAUAAUUUAUGCUGAUCUGAUUGGAUUGAAUUCGGUGCUAACAGAUUGUCAGAAAAAGGAUUAGCGAUCUUUUUUACCAAAAUCUUUUUUGGCUGCAUUUUAUUGGCACGACAGACGGUUUUUAGAUGUGUUUACAGAUACCAAGAAUAGAGAAUGCACAACUCCACAUGUGUUUGGUAGUGUGUUGCAGAAGCACAUCCUGCAAGGUCUCUGGCAGCGAGCUGCUGUAGAUGACAAAAAAAAAGAAAUUAACGCUUUCUAAAGUUAGCGAUUAGGGUUUUAAAAAGUUUUUUAGCUUCCUUCUUCUCUGGAAGUCGCCAAUUUGAAAUCCGUCUUGCUGCUAUAUGCAAGCUUCAACGAGGAUUCUGGCUGUUUUGUCUGUGGCACUGAAUAGCGAUUCCAGAUAUAUUACUGCGAUCCUUUCAGAUAAAAUUUCCGAUGGGAUUUCAACAAUGGUACGACAUUGGAAUCCUGGAGAUGUUAUUCCGAUGUUCCAUCAGAUUGAGACCAUUGCAAAUCCUAAGGGUUUGUGUGCCAUUUCUCAUGCGCCUAACUCUGUUAAUGUUUUCACAUUUUACCGACGCACAGAGGGUGGAAUUUGGCCUUACCCUUACCAGGUGCAUAUUCUUUGAGCUCUCCAAUACAAAGACUAUCAUACGCUGGGCCAUAGAUCAUCUUCUCAAGGCUACUGCUCACCAUAUAUGUCCAGGUUGUCCUAACAAUGACCACAUAUGCUGGGAGAGGCUAGAGGAUAUGUACACUACCAGAACUGCUUGUAAAAUUGAUAGCCAAAACCCUAGCUUAGAUGUUGCUGCCAAAAUAGCUACAACACUUGCAGCUGCAUCCCUAGUGUUUCGUAAAACAAACUUUUCCUACUCCAAGAGACUCAUUUAUGCUUCCAUGACGGAUGAACUACUAUUAAAAAAAGUACCCAGACUUCUGGAUAUGUGCAGAGGAUUUUAAAGGGUAUUUAUGAUUCUCAUUGAAGUAAGAUCUGUGCAAUGACCACUCUCACUGUGAGUUUUAGAUCUAAGAGUAAUGACCCUCCAUGGCUGCUCACCUGUGGCUUGAAAUCACCAUGGCUUUCUUUGGUUUCAAGUGUUUUUAUGGUGUUUGGCUAUUGGAUUAUUGGGUUUUAUAAGAGUUCAGUGUACCUCCAGCAUGUCUUCUAAUAAUGGAAGAAGAAGCAUGACAUAAAAUUUCAUUGAAAAUGAUGAAAAGUAUGUCAAUUCUAGUGUCAUUUAAGUAGGUUGGUUUUUCUUUUAUUGAAUCUAAUUUUUGAUUUGUUUGAUUAUUUUUUAUGCCGAG